AUGCCCGCACACUGUGAGAUUAACGCGGAUAGAAUAAGUAUGAGUGGCACAGGCUUCGGCGCCGAUGUCGAGGCUUUCGGUGGCGGAUUUUUUGAUCGGGUUUCCGGUGUUGGUAUAUCGCGUGAGACUUACGAUACAGUGGAAGUGCAAGAUUGUCACAGCCAGUUGCGAACCUGUAUGCAGCGCAUAUCUGAUGUAGAGGCGAUAAAUGUCGAUCUUGAAGCUCGUCUGGAAUCACAAGCCAGGGAGUACAUAGAACUUGAAUCUGAUGCCGCAGAGUUGGCAUGUUGGAAGAAUCAAUACGAAGCUCUUGUCAAGGAGGCAUCAAGUUGGAAGCACAUGCAUGCGCAACAGGUGCUGAAGAACCAAAAGGUCCGCGAGCAGCUGUUACGAACAGAGAGAGAACUGCACGGUAUUCUCCAAAAGAAGUAUGAUAUCAUGGAGUUUGCGAGGCGUGAGGAGCGAGAUCGAAUACGCGCGGAACGAAAUACAGGGUUGAUUGAGGAUUGUGUCGCACCGAAGCGAGACCGCGUUAAAGACAUCCAAUUCCACCACAACCCUAUUGGGGCCCCGCCCCAAGAUGUACGUCGAGGCCGCGCUGUCCUCGCUCUUGCUGACUUCUUCCGGUUUGAUCUUCACAAAGAUGAGCGAAACCAGAAUCGUCCCUCUGCACCAAAGAGCGACCUGAGCUUGGAUCUGCGCUGA